AUAAUAAAUCCUGUGUAAAAAAAAAUUUGAUAUGGAUAAUCUAACGGAGCAAAUCGAAUAUUGCCCCCAAAUCGGCUCAAUGCAGUCGACCGGAUCACAAUUAGUCGAUUUAAUCCGCUACUAGGCCGGAUUUUUCUAAUCUUCAACCGUGCGAUGCUGAUGCAACGGUAGUAGAUAUCAACCCAGUAGCGUGUUAAUCUCGCUGAGGCUGACGGGAAGGUGCAGAUCACAGACGGAAUUCGUGCAAAACGAAGCCGGACUGCUAAUUACUGCAGCCGACAUGGCGUUGGUUCCUCGUCUCCUUUCUCGAUCCCGACAGAUCCGUUGGAAAGGGCAGAUAUCGUCCGAUCUGUUAUAUGCUGGUCAGAUAAUUUUGCAGCAUGAUCAUCUUAUGGCAGUUCGAUCCUUUGCAAAAGAAGCUUCACCUUCUAAUCUUCCACCCCUGAAAGGAGAUGAAAUAUUGAAGAACAUCUUUUAUGAGGUCAAAAACAAAUAUGAAACUGCGUUCGGUGUCCUUCGUAAGGAAAAAAUUACUAUUGAUCCUGAUGAUCUGGCCGCUGUUUCCCAAUAUGCAAAAGUCAUAAAGACAAUAAGGGAAAAAGCUGAUCUACUAUCAGAAUCUCAGAAAAUUAAAUACAUAAUCGAUCAACAGACACAAGACAUUCCCGAUGCUAGAACAUACCUGUUGACGUUACAGGAGAUAAGGAUCAAGAAUGGCCUUACAGAUGAUCUUGGUGCCGAGGCUUUGAUGAUGAAAGCUUUGGAGAAGGUUGAGAAAGAGAUUAAAAAGUCACUUCUCAGAUCUGACAAGAAGAACAUGGCCCUUCUUUUGGCUGAGUUUGACAACAUCAACAAAAAGCUAGGGAUUAGGAAGGAAGACCUUCCCAAGUAUGAAGAACAGUUGGAACUUAAAAUCGCCAAAGAGGAUUUGGAAGGUCUGAAGAAGGAUGCUCUGGAAGCAAUGGAAAUCCAGCUUAAGAGGGAGGAAUUCAAGGACGAGGAGAUGGUUGAUGUCAAAUCGCUAGAUAUUAGAAACUUCUUAUAAGAUGGAGUUUCUAAUAUUAUUUCCUAAAUCCUGAAGUGGGCCUUCUUUUCUCUCUUAGUAAUGUUUUAAUCUGCUAGGGAACAAUAAUGUUCCGACAUGCAUUAUUUGGACAAUUCCUUAUUUCAUCCUAAUAAUACUAACCACAUGAGUGAGCUUUGAUUU